AAAUAAAAAAGGGGAAAAAAAGGAAAUUAAAAUAAAAUAAAAUAAAAGGGUACAAGUUAAUCAGAUUCCUGAAUGAAAUAUUUUAUUGUGCACAAGUUCUGUUUAUUCUUUUAUUUAUUUAUUUAUUUUUGGGUAAUUUGUAAAAGUUCUGUUUUUUUGGUAAUUUUGUAAAAGUUCUUUUUCUUUUUUUUUUUUGGUUGCUCUGUUUAUUCAGAGUAAAAGUUCUUUUGUUUGUUUUUUUUUUUUUUUUUUGGCUGGAAAAGAGUAAAAGUUCUGUUUAUUCACUUGAAGAAUGCUCCACGCAUUAUUUGUAAAUUAAUUUGGUGCUUGGGAAAAAGGUGGUCGUCUGUGAUAUUUAGCAAAAGCUGAGAGAAAAGAGAGAGAAAGAGGGGGAGAGAGAGAGAGAGAGAGAGAGAGGUUCGUCGUUUUUAACUUCCAAAUUUGGGGUUAUUACCUUGCUUUCAUUUGUUUCUGUUUUUUGUUUUUUGUUGUGUCGGAAUUUCUAAAACAGCUCAUUAGAGGCACUUCCAGGCCAUUUUCAGCUGCUAAUAUGCCUGCUCUCAGCUCUCAACCAUAAGGGCAUUAUAAUGCUAAUGAAGCUGGGUUUCUUGGGCUUCAAUGACCCUCUUAUCUAAAUCUGAAUGCAGUCAACCUAUGAUGAUUUCUAACGUGUUAACAAGUCUGCGAGUAUAUGAUUUAUAAUUCUUGAGCUACAAUCAUCUUUGUCUUGGGAAAAUGCUUUAGUUGUUACCCAUACGCCUCAGGUUGGAAUUUGGCAUUGACCGACAAGAUCAGCUGGUAAUACACUUUUGAAAAACAUGAAAUUUGGAUUAAAGAAGGGAUGGAAAUCUGUAGUUCCUCUUCGAUUGAGAGGCAAAUCAGCUACUCGGUUUUGUAUGUUUCAGAAAGCAAAGUCAGCUAGUUAUGGCCCAGGCAAAGCACCAGUUUUUCUCAAUGUGUAUGACUUGACGCCCAUGAAUGGAUAUGUGUAUUGGGCAGGUCUUGGUAUUUUUCAUUCUGGCGUGGAAGUUCAUGGUGUCGAAUAUGCGUUUGGGGCACAUGACUAUCCUACAAGUGGUGUUUUUGAAGUUGAACCUCGUCAAUGCCCAGGCUUUAAGUUCAGGAAGUCAAUAUUCAUUGGGAACACAUGCUUGGAUCCAGUUCAGGUUAGGGACUUCAUGGAGCGCCAGUCUGCAAGCUACAAUGGUGAUAUGUAUCACCUGAUUGUCAAGAACUGUAAUCAUUUUUGCAGGGACAUUUGUUACAAGCUAACUGGGAAAUCAAUUCCGAAAUGGGUAAACCGACUGGCAAAAAUAGGUUCAAUUUGCAACUGCAUACUUCCUGAAGCUCUGAAGAUUUCUGCUGUACAACACGAUCCAAAUUGUCAACCUUAUGAUAGCGAGAAGAGGAGCCUGAGAAGCACUUUCAGAUGCUUGUCUUCCAUAUCAAUGCGGCAGAAGCAAUUAUCAACAUCGUCGUUGCUUCUGCAAUCGCCGCUGAAAGGCUGCUUACCCCCAUGGGAAUUGAGAAGGUCAAGCAAUGGUUCAUUAAAGGAAAGGUGAAAAAAGUGUAGGAAGGGAAGGUUUGUUUUUUGCAUCCAUGGAUGUGUCUUAUGAUGAAGACCAACCUCCACAAGCUUAAUGAGGAAAAAACUUUGUAAAGUAUUUGUGAGUGAAUCUGCACUUGGAAUUGGAAGGCUGUCAUCCUUCAAAUUGUUUUUCUUCUUAUCAGGUUUCUGGAGUGAAGCGUCUCUCAUUGUUUAGCAAUGCUCUACUGUCAAAAUCUACGAAGAAGCUAAUCAUUUCUCCUCUCA